CAGGUCCUGAUGGUGAGGUUUGCCUCACUGUUUAACAUGAAGGAACAGACCGUCACUUUUAUCAGUGGAACCACCUACUCCAUCGAAGAGCUGCGGGGCAUGAGGAUGGGAGAUCUGCUCAACUCUAUGUUUGACUUCAGCGAGAAGCUGAGCUCCUUGCACCUCAGUGAGGAAGAGCUGGGCCUGUUCACUGCCGUCGUACUGGUCUCUGCAGAUCGUUCCGGAAUCGAAAACGUCAGCUCGGUGGAACAGCUUCAGGAGACACUAAUCCGAGUCCUGAGGGCGCUAAUCAUGAAGAACUAUCCCAACGAGGCAUCGCGCUUCACCAAACUCCUCCUGAAACUCCCUGACCUCCGCACUUUGAACAACAUGCACUCGGAGAAGUUGUUGGCCUUUCGGAUAGAUCCCUGAAUCUCCUGCCGAGCUGCAGCCACACCAGACUUGUCUCUGUGAAAUUUUUAGAGCAAUUUUUUAAUUUAUAUUUCAAUGAACGUUUGGGUGAAAUAUUGCAUCUUGUAAAAAUGUGUAUAUUUCAGCUGUCAAUGGAGUGUAAUAUAUUCUUAUAAGGAAUGUUCUACAAAUUAAUAGAUUUAACUGUCCUCUGGGGCCUAGGAUAUGUCUGCAAAAUGAGCUUGUUGGUAGAACUCGCCAUGAGGUUAUCUGUUUGCUGUUUUGGAGUGCUGUCUAAAAGGCAAUUGAAGAACUGUGCACCCUGAGCAGUGAGCAGGCAAUGAUCUGCAGUGCCCUCUGUUCUGUUGCCUUUCUCAAUGUUCUCCUUGACUAACUACAUGUCUGCGUUUCAGUGUCUGAACCCACACCAAAUUCCAGUCUUGUCCUCUGGUCGAACACGAUCAUCCCGUUUAGCAACUGAAGCAGAGUAGGUGAGACCGCUUCUUGAAGUUUUGGCUGCUCUCUGGUGGAAGGUGAAAGGUGAGGAGUUGACUUCCAGCCUGAGCGUGUGAUGUUCCUCACUUACAGCUUGAGCAGCUGAAGCCCGUCUCACCUGUUGCAUUUCGUUCCCUUGUUGAGCAGAAAUGACGUUUCACCUUGUGACUGUCUCCGUGGCAUAGACUGAAGUUUCAAACUGCUCCAGACAUUGUAUAACAAGCAACAAAGUGGAUCAAACUCAAGGCAUGACAUGCGUCCCUUGAAAUUUGCGUUGAAAUGAUGGGAGUUGUCUGAGAGGAGGUUAAUGCAUGUUUUGUGGUUUGCUUGUACUUGAGACCUCUAUUGAAGAUUCAACAGAUCAGCUGUCUCCCUCCACUCUCCCUAUCCCUGCCGCGCACCCGUGAGCACAAGAGGAGAGAAGACCCUACACCCCACCCCUGGUCUCCUGAAUCAAUUGGUGCACUGGCCAAGGUGCCUAUGUUAUCUCUGGGCUAGGGAAACUGUUGGAGGAGCUGAGUGGUUUAGGGAAAAGAACAACCAGCAGUUUCUAUCUGUGUUGGAAAAUAGAUGUUGUGUAUUGGGGAUGGUUUAUAUACUUCAAUAAUUUGAAAAGCUCAAGUGGUUGGUGGAAAGAAGAAGAGACGCUAUUGAGGUUUUCCGUCAUGUACUCAUCAGGACAGAUGCAAGAAUGCCAAAUUUCAAAGGAAACAACAAUUUAUGCUGCAUGAGAAGAGAGUCCUGAUUGGCUGGCAAGUAGACUCUGAUUGGUCAUGGUGUUGCCAAGACGAGAAUGCCAUGAGAAAACUCAGUCAGUUCUGUAUAGUUCUGAGGAAGGGUCACUGGACUCGAAACAUUAACUCUGCUUUCUCUCCACAGAUGCUGCCAUGACCUGCUGCAUUUUUCCAGCAAUUUCUGAUUUUGUUUCUGCAUCCACAGUUCUUUGGGUUUUUUUCCCACUAGAGGACUAUUGUCCCUUACCCUUUUGUUGAAUUGAUAAAAUUGGUACCACCGACCGACAUCUGUAUGUGCCUUCAGUUUUGUUAUCUGAACGUAAUGAUCAAUUUUGUUAACGGCCUGCUAGUUUGUCUUUGCGUUUGUGUCUGUGCUCCUCCUUGAAACAGUGCCGUGGGAUCUCUUACACCCACCUGCACAAACAGGUGAGGCCUUGCUUUAGUGAGACAUUGCACCUCCAACCUUGCAGGACUCCCUGAGCACUGCACUGGAGUAUCAGCUUUCCUUUUUAUUUCCCUCAAGCCCUGGAUUGGGACUUGAACCCAGGACCAUUUGGCUCAGAUGUAAGUUCUACGAACUGAGCCAAGCCUGACAUUGAACAUGUUCCUUUCCUCCUUUGAAGUUUGGCGUUCUUGUGUCUGUUGUAACGAAUGAUGGUGAGAUGAGAAACUUUGAUGGCCUGUUGGCACGUUCAGCAAGGUUUAAGUCAGAACUCUGACUGACUUUCCCUUUGGGUCCCUAAAUGAAGGGUAGUGUCCAUGGAACUGUCUCCCAGCAGCGUUAGAGGGAGGAGCUGCGUGAAAGCUGAAGUGUUUUGAACUUUAAGAGAAAAAUCCAUAACCUUGUGUGGCCGCUGCAGCAGGGCAGAACCUGCUUUCGAUAAAUAAAUUUACUGCAUCUGUCUCAAUAUAGUUCAAUAAUUGAUGUGCAUUGUGAAUCCAGAUGAAAUCAUUAACAGUUUCUAAGAAUAAAAGAAUGAAUACACUGAGUUAAAUAACAAAAU